AUGAUGAACUCCCUAGAUGCCAUUAGAGGUAGCAUUAAAAUCCUUCAUCUUGAUAUUGUUGCACUGUUUGAUUCAGAGAAAAGGAGUGUGUCUUUAUCUGCUUUGUGGGCGACUCCGAUCGAGGCUCAAGACCAUGUUUUACUAUCGGUGGCACAAGUUGAUAGAUAUAUGAAGAAGGGUUGCCAGGCCUACAUGGUUUUCUUUUCUAUCCAAGCUAAGAUUGAUGAAGGUGUGAAGAAUAUCCCUAUUGUCAAGGAAUUUACAUAUGUAUUUCUAGAUGAGGUCUUUGGCUUACUCUCGGAGCACGAGGCGGAGUUCUCAAUUGAGUUGGUACCCAGUAUAGGACUAAUUUCUAAGGCUCCUUAUUGGAUAUCCCCCUCAGAGUUAGUAGAACUGAAAAAGCAAAUUGAAGAGCUACUUAAGAAGGAUUUCACCUUAGGGAUCUCUGGUUCUUUUUGUAAAGAAGAAGGAUGGAAGCCUCCGACUAUGUAUUGA